AUGUCAAGCCAAUACUCAUACGGUGGAGGUGGAGGCGGCGGCGGCGGCGGCGGCGGCGGCUACGGCUACGGAGCUCCUCCUCCAGGACAGCAAGGCGCGUACGGCCAGCAGCAGCAAUACGGUGGCGGAGGAGGAUACGGUGCACCUCCUCCUCAGCAGGGUGGAUACGGUGUUCCGCCUCCCGGGCAACAGGGCGGAUAUGGGGCUCCACCUCCCGGCCAGCAGCAGGGUGGAGGGGGCUACGGCGCUCCACCUCCUGGUCAGGGAUACGGUCGCCCACAGGCAUUCAACGCGUCCACCGGACCUCCUCCUGGCGCAGACCCGCAACUCUGGCAAUGGUUCAUUGCAGUGGACCGAGACCGCAGCGGUCAGAUCAACCCUCAAGAACUCAGUCAAGCGCUUGUCAACGGCGACUGGACGCCCUUCGACCUGGACACAGUUAAGAUGCUGAUGAGUGUCUUUGACGUUGACCGCAGCGGACACAUCAGCUUCAACGAGUUUGCCGGCCUGUGGAAGUACAUUCAGGACUGGCAGGGCGUUUUCCGACACUUUGACCAAGAUAGGUCCGGAUCGAUCGACGAGAACGAGCUGGCGAACGCCUUGCAGUCAUUUGGCUACAGACUAUCGCCAAAACUGUUGCAUAUUGUUUCGCAGAAGUAUAUCGUUUCUGACACUGCUGCUCCUGGUGGUGCUGCAGGCGGCAUGGGUUCGACAGCAGCGAGAGGUCCACCUGGAAUCACUUUUGAUCGAUUCGUACGAGCUUGCGUGGUGAUCAAGACACUGACCGAGUCGUUCCAGCGUCAUGAUAGCCAGCGCAGCGGAUGGGUGCAGAUCAACUAUGAUACGUUUAUGGAGAUGUGUCUCUCUGCGCCCUAG